AUGGUCACCUUCCUCAGCCCUGCCUUUUACCACCUCAGCCCCUCCCCUUCUCUAGCUUCCCCCUCAUUGACGCCCAGCCAGUCCCCCCCUGCACCCUCCACCUUCCUGCACCUAUCUCCUGUUCGUGCCAUCCUGUCUGCCGGAAUGCUCCCUCUUCCAUCCCCUACUCGGCUGAUGCCACCAAUCUUGAAAGAUUCAGACCAGUGUCGCUUUCUCCGAGCGCCCCCGUCAUUCUCCUCCAUCAGAACAUAUCACCGCACCCUUGAUGCGCACCUAGGAGCUUUGAUCAAACUGCUGCUGGCUAACUGCUCUGCCCUGGACCCGGUCUAUUCUCCCUUCACCCGCAGGCCGAGAGGAGGACAGAUUUCUGUCUGCCGGAGACGGUUGGGCGCCCCCUCGGAAGUGCGGCAGCCAGAGACCCACGACCCGCCGGCCCUCCCCCGCCUCCGUCCGCUCCCGGGCGUCCGAGAGUCCCCGGCGCGCGGCCGCCCUCCCCGCCCCGGGCCCCUCGCCCGCGCCAACCCCUGCCCACAGCGGCGAGGUCAGGGGGGCCGGCUCCGGGAGCAGGGGCCGGGGUGGGGGUGGGGUGGGACCGAGCACUCCCCGGGAGAGGACAAGGCUCGGCGCCAGCCUCGCCUCGCCCCGAGAGGCCGGGAGCGCGAGGACGCCGGGGCCCGCAGCCCGCCCGGUGCGCUUGCUGUUCGCCAGAGGGCAACUGGUGCUUGGGGGCCGGGGGGGAGGGGGGCAGGGGGCGCCUCCAACUUCCCAGGCUCUCCCGACCUGCCUUUGCCUAGCAGGAUGCCCUCGAACUUGCCCAAAUCGAACAAUAAGCCCCAGCAACUCCUCGGCGUGACCCCUCUCCGCCUCCCCCUCAAUCCUGUUUUCCAGGGACUAAGACGAGAAGCAGCCGUUCCGGAUUCGCCGGUUGCAGCCACCGGACAGACCGAGCGGCUGCUAGCUCCCUUUGGGGAGCGCGAAAGUGAAGCCUAAUUGACAACUGGUUUGCAGCACAAACAGCUGAAGGGUCUUGCCUGGGGCCUCUCUCGGUGCGUCCACCGAAGGAAACGUCGCCUGGAGGGGGCGCCUGCUGCGCGGCUGGGACCGUCCUGGGAGCGGCCCAAGGAAAGAGAAAGCAAGCAGGCCGCCAGAGGGCGCCCAGGUUUGGUUCCUACAAAACAAGUUGUAGUUCAAAAGGCUCCGUGAGACUCAGCCCGUGACUGUUUCAACGCUUGGCCGUCUCCUUCCUGGAAGGUGGCACGGACAUGCAGGGCUGGUAACCCUAGGCCCACUGAUGUGAACUCGAAGACGUCCGGGCUAAUGCCCGCUGCUGGCUUAGACAGUCUUGGAUCUUGUUUUCUGUUGUGGUUUGCUGCUGAGGAGGAGGAAGUUCCUUCUCCCCUCUCUCCCAGCUUAUCCACCUGCAAGGGCUCUUCCGGUGCUGCUGAUCGACAGCACUACCUGGAAAAGUGUAAUUACAGCCUAAUGAAUAGGUAGGUAUGAAUGGGAGGGGGCGUCCACCCACAAAUGAGUGAAAUCAGUUCUACAUAAUCAAAAGAACUUUGUCAUGUGUUCUAAAAUUUAACGUUCUGAAUAAAUACUGGAAUUCCUUUUAUUUUCAAAUACAUAUCUGAAUACCUAUCCUUUUAUAUUCAAAUACACAUCUGAAUCUUUUUAGCCUUG